CGGCCGCAUGAAGAGUUGUCAAACAGGUUUUUCUCUCGUAAGAAGCUUAAACGUUCAUGCGGAAGGACUGCGGCGUAUGCUCGGAUUUCAGCAAGAGUCCCCGCUGAUAAAGCUCAGAUCAAUACUUCCAGGAAACCCAGAUGUCGAGGAACUAGAGUUCAGCAGAGAUGCUGAGGUUGCCUUUUCCUCAACAAUUGCCUGAAGAUGAUCGGAGGACGGGCGUUCAGAGGCGCCAAUAAACGCUGAGGGCUUUUAGAGAACUAGUACGGCUGCAGGUACGACCACUUACGGACACCAUGCCUGUGGAGGCGGUCCCACACCCAGGGAGGCAGCAGCCCGUGAGGCCCGCCGUCGGAGCCAAACCACCACGUUUGCGAGCCAAGGGCCCGGUGGGGCCUGAUUUCUACCGCCGGAGCCCCCCCGUGCCCAAGCAGAGCGCCGUGGAGAGACUGGAGGCAGAUAAAGCUAAAUACGUCAAGAGUCAGGUGGCUCUGUCCAAGCAGCAGCCGGUCCGGCUUCCCGAGCUGCGGAAGCCCCUGCUGGCCCCGGGCACGGCCCUGCGGCCCACCAAGAAGACCAGCCCCCAGGCCAGUGCCAAGCUGGAGGUGGUGCAGCUGGACCUGGAGCACCUGAGCAACCUCAUCAGCGACGUGGCCGACCGGCCGCAGGCCGGCGCCGCCGCGGAGUCGGAGGUUGGAGUUGGAGAUGAAGCUCCCGUACAUGUCCCGGCGGCGGGCGGCCCCCCCUGCAGAGCCCCGGCAGACGAGCAGCAGACACACGACGGGCCAAACCCGCAUCCCGACAGGUCCAGUCUAGCAAAAGGGAGAUUAAAAGCACCUGGAGCCGCAAAGGGAGAGACCCCGGGCCCCCGGGGGGUUUCGGCCGCGGGGAACGUGCGCAGGGUGGACGUCAUGCCCCAGGUGGGCCCCGUGAGGACGGCCCGCAGACCCCCCCAGUACAUCCGGCAGCCCCUGCAGCCCGUGUCCUUACAUUCCAAGUUCCCUCCCAACGCCGGGGCUCCACACCUGCGCGUCUUCCUCCCCAGAACCGCCCCGGCGUCCUCUCCCCUCAAACCAGUUGUUGUGCCAUCCAAACCCGACCACUGUCCCUCCACCGAGCCCCCGGCCCCGGCCCCGGCCCCGGCCCCGGCCCUGGCGGCCCCCGCCCUCCCUGCCUUCCACCCUCCGUCCCCGGCCAUCACCCGCCUGUCCUCCUCCAGCUCCAGGAAGCGGCCCUCCCUGACCCGCUCCAAGUCGGACAUGAGCGACCGGUUCUCCCGCGCCGGGACGGAGCUGGAGCGCUUCUUCAACCUGUGCGGCCUGGACCCCACGGACCUGCCGGAGCUGGCCGGCUCCAACGCCGACAUCGUGUCCCUGGCCCGCUUCCGCAGCGUCAGCGCCCCCGGGUCCGAGUGCUCCGGCCCCGGAGACAGAGACAACGACCCGGACGAGGAGGAGGACGGGAGAGUCUCGGACCGGGUUCCGUACGGAGUUUCUGUGAUCGAGAGGAACGCCCGGGUGAUCAAGUGGCUGUACGGGCUGCGGCAGGCCAAGGACAGCACCGGCCAGAGCACCAACCUGUAGUCUGUUAGCUUUCAUUCACCCAAUGUCAACACAUUUUCUUUUUCAACAUGAGCGUGAUGAUGCCUGACGUGACGGGUCCUGCAGCCCGGACUGAGCUGCCGUCACAGAAUAAUCUACUUUGAGUUGUUAUUGUUAAUGUUAUUAUUCCUCAUUGUAGCACAUUUUGAUGAUAUCCUUGUUUAUGUAUUAUUUUCUAUGUCGUUUUUGACCUUAUUUUGUAAAUCUGAGGUUGUUAAUUUUUAUUAUUGCAGCCGUGACUUAAACGGUGAUCAGAUCCAGCUGUAAAUAAAUGGCAUUACUGAUAAA